UCGUGAAGCGCGGUCGGCCGGGCCUGCGCCGGGGAGAGUGACCGGGCCCAGCUUCCCGCAUUUAUAUGCCCCGUCCCCCGGCGGCCGCAUACCCCUUCUGCUCCAUGUGGGGCUCGGGCCGGGCUCUCGGCCUCUCCUCCUCCUCCUCUUCCUCCUCCUCCUUCUUCUACUAUGCCCCGGAAAACAGUUAGCAGGAAGCGGAAGGCGGCGGAUGCCGCCGAGGGGCUCGAAGGGGAGCAGUGUGGGUGGGAGCACCAUGUUCGUAAAAGGAGAAGGCCAACUCCAGUGAAAAGGUCUAUGGUGUACUACCUGAAAGGUAGAGAAAUCAGGAUGCAGAAUGAGUCUAGCUACCGCCGUGUAUUGCAUGGAUAUGCAGCCGAGCAGCUACCCAACCUUCUGAAAGAGAGAGAGUUUCACCUGGGAACCCUUAAUAAAGUGUUUGCCUCCCAGUGGCUGAACCACCGGCAAGUGGUGUGUGGGACAAAAUGCAACACAUUGUUUGUAGUAGAUAUCCAGACUGGUCAAAUCACCAAGAUUCCUAUUCUGAAAGAUCGUGAACCUGGCAUGGUGAGCCAACAGGGAUGUGGUAUUCAUGCCAUUGAGCUCAAUGCCUCAAGGACUCUUCUGGCCACAGGUGGAGACAACCCAAACAGUCUUGCAAUUUAUCGUCUGCCUACACUUGACCCGGUCUGUGUGGGAGAUGAUGGGCAUAAGGACUGGAUAUUUUCAAUUGCAUGGAUCAGUGAUACUAUGGCUGUUUCUGGUUCCCGGGAUGGCUCGAUGGGUCUUUGGGAAAUCACAGAGGAUGUGUUGUCCAAAAGUGAUGCCAGGCAUAAUCUCUCUCAAGUUCCUGUCUAUGCCCACAUAACACACAGGGCUCUGAAGGAUAUUCCCAAGGAGAACACCAAUCCUGACAACUGCAAAGUCCGAGCACUGGCUUUCAACAAUAAGAAUAAGGAGCUGGGAGCUGUGUCCCUAGAUGGAUAUUUUCAUCUCUGGAAAGCGGAGCACACACUAUCGAAGUUACUUUCCACAAAGUUGCCAUACUGCAGGGAGAACGUGUGUUUGGCUUAUGGUCAGGAGUGGUCGGUGUAUGCAGUGGGAUCACAGGCACACGUCUCCUUUCUGGAUCCCAGGCAGCCUUCUCACAGUGUCAAAUCCGUCUGUUCCAAAGAACGAGGCAGUGGUAUUCGAUCAGUGAGCUUCUACGAGCACAUCAUCACAGUGGGAACAGGGCAAGGUUCCUUGUUGUUUUAUGACAUCAGAGCCCAGAGGUUCUUGGAUGAAAAGCCCCCACGUGCCUGCUAUGAACAGGAUGAGGAACUGGGAGGAAGUGAAAUUCUGAAGUUGACUACUGGGAAAGGCUGGCUGAAUCAUGACGAAACCUGGAGGAAUUAUUUUUCUGACAUAAAUUUCUUCCCAAAUGCUGUUUACACCCACUGCUACGACUCAUCUGGAACGAAACUCUUUGUGGCAGGAGGCCCUCUUCCAUCAGGACUUCAUGGGAAUUACGCUGGUCUCUGGAGCUAAUAACUCUUUAUAAAUGCUGAUCUUUACACAGAUUUCCACUUUCCUUUUCCUUUUGUAACAACAAAAUUGUGUGAUGUUAUUGAUUUCUGAUUUAAAUGCAAGUUAUUUUUUGGCAGAGUUCUCUGUUGGUCUCCAACAGUUUUGUACAUCUUUUUGAACCAGUUUUUUGCUUUAGUCUUGUUGAUCCUUUAUAUGAAGGGUUUUUGAAAUCCCUUUUUACUGUAUUUACUCCAAGUGACUCUUCCCUCAUAUUUAGGCUAUCAUGGCCACGUGUCCCCUCCCCUACUUUGCUGUGAGGUAGGAUUCCUUUCUUACAGAGUGGUUGCUUCUGGGCUUUCUGUGAAAGUCUAGGAGCUGCGUGUGUGCAGGUACUUUGUGUCAGUUACACUACCUGGAGUUAGAACUACUUGUAAGUUAAAAAUGCUAAAAAUAUUUAUAAGAGAUAAGCUACUACUUUAUCUGCAGAGCCUGACCCUGGCCUGGGUUGAUCUUAUUUUUUAAAAGUGCAAGUCUAUUGACACUGUUUAUACAUAGAAGAUUAUGAUAACUUUAAGCUGUACUCGUUGGAGCUUAGGGGCGUAUUCCCCGGGGAUAUUGUCCAUCAAGCCAAACUGCAGAAGUUCUCAAAAGUGCAUUUGCAUUUGAAUUGUAGUUUGCAGCAGUGCCAGAAGCAAAAUGCUGUUCCAUCUCUGCCUCUUCCAGGUAUCAUCUUCCAAGUAUCAACUGGAGUUUGCACAGACUGUUUGGCAGUGUGGAUAUUGCAGGGUGAAAUUACACUGAGGGCCUGCAUAAGUUCUGGGAGGAAAGGGGGGAAGGGACACGAGUGUUCAUUGUUAUUUGAAAUGAGUUACAUCUAACCAUUUUCCAGAUGAGCCAAGGUUCCUGAGUAUGCUCAAGGGUUCUUCAUAAACUGCCUAAAACUCAGCACCCUUUUUGUCUCAGACUGUUGGUGAUCUCCUCUAAUAAACCAAUGGAAAAAUUAGAAAUUUA